AAAGCAGAGUCAAAGGCGUUAUGAAACAUACCUCACAACAGAUGGAGGAUUCGAUCUUCCAAUAUGUGCACGUGACACGUUCAACAUCUCUGCUCUGAAUAUAAAUAGUGUUACAGUAGACAGGGAAAUCAUCUGAUCGAAGGAGCUGAAGGUUUGAAUACACCAUGGCAUUGAGAACAGCUUUAUCACGCCUGCUGGUGACCUCACAGAGAUGUUGUCUGAUCUCUGUGUCAAGGGCCCAGGGCUCUUCAGCCCCUGCAGCUCACGAGAAGCAAGCGAAAAAAACAGCGAAAACACCUAAGGUGCAGUUUAACUGGCAUGAUGCGUUGGAUCUGGAAGGACAGCUCACAGAGGACGAGAUCAUGAUCAGAGACAGUUUCCGCACAUACUGCCAGGAGAAGCUCAUGCCCCGUAUCCUCAUGGCCAACAGGAAUGAACAUUUCCAUCGAGAGAUUUUAAACGAGAUGGGAGAGCUUGGUGUCCUUGGGCCCACGAUUCAAGGAUAUGGCUGUGCGGGGACUAGUUACGUGGCAUACGGUCUGAUCGCCAGGGAGGUGGAGAGAGUGGACAGUGGCUACCGUUCCGUUAUGAGUGUCCAGUCCUCACUAGUCAUGCACCCUAUCAACGCAUAUGGAACAGAAGCACAGAAACAGAAAUACCUGCCACAACUGGCUCGUGGAGAGAUUCUGGGCUGUUUUGGACUUACAGAACCAAACCAUGGCAGUGACCCUGGUGGCAUGGAGACCAAAGCCAAAUACAACCCUUCCAGCAGGACAUAUACCAUCAGUGGGGCAAAAACAUGGAUCACCAACUCCCCGUAUGCUGAUAUCUGUGUGGUGUGGGCCAAAUGUGAGGAUGGCAGAGUGAGAGGGUUCGUCCUGGAGAGAGGAAUGAAUGGCCUGACCACCCCUAAGAUAGAGGGCAAGUUCUCCCUCAGGGCCUCGGCCACCGGGAUGAUCCUGAUGGACGAGGUGGAAGUGCCAGAGGAAAACCUGCUGCCCCAUGUGUCUGGCCUUGCUGGUCCCUUUGGCUGCCUGAAUAACGCCCGUUAUGGCAUCGCGUGGGGUGCUCUGGGUGCUGCAGAAUUUUGUUUCCAUGCUGCCCGCCAGUACACUCUGGACAGAAUCCAGUUCGGAGUUCCUUUGGCCAGAAACCAGCUGAUACAGAAGAAGAUGGCAGACAUGCUGACAGAGAUUACACUCGGCCUGCAGUCCUGUUUACAGCUGGGCAGACUCAUCGACCAGAAGAAAUACAAUCCAGAGAUGAUCUCCAUGCUGAAACGAAACUCAUGUGGGAAAGCCCUGGACAUCGCCCGGCAGGCCAGAGACAUGCUGGGAGGAAACGGCAUAGCAGACGAGUACCACAUCAUACGCCAUGUCUUGAACCUAGAGGCCGUCAACACAUAUGAAGGCACACAUGACAUCCAUGCUUUGAUCUUGGGCAGAGCCAUCACUGGACUCCAGUCUUUUACUGUUGGAAAAUAAACCCAUGUUCUCA